AUGGUUGGUAAAAGCUUUCACAGCUUCCUAUUGCCAGCCACUUCUUCCAGCAUGAGUCAUGCUACAAACUGCUGUUCCACAAGCAACAAUAGCCUCCAAGUAUUAGAAGAUCGUUUUCUGCUCCCUACCUUAACUGGUUCAGGAAGGGCUCGCGUGGCAAUUACUGUUUUCUUGCUCUUUGUGUCAACCUUUUUAAACAUGGCUUUCCUGCUGAAACUCUACCGGUGGCAGAAAAAGAAGAACUUAUCUAGAAUGAAGCAGCUUCUCAAGCACCUGAUGCUGGCCAACCUGGUGGAGACAGUGUUAGUUAUGCCACUGGAUGGGGCAUGGAAUAUCACAGUACAGUGGCAUGCUGGGGAGUUCCUCUGUAAAAUACUGAACUACCUCAAACUCUUUUCGAUGUAUGUACCAGCAUUCAUGGUAGUGGUCAUCAGCUUGGAUCGCUGCCUUGCUAUUACAAGACCUCUGCUAAUGAAGAAAAACACAAAACUUGCAAAAUACAUGCUUACCCUGGCUUGGAGUUUGAGUCUCGUCCUCGCGGUUCCGCAGCUCUUCCUAUUUCGAAUGACGUAUGUAACUGACGGGAGUGGAAGAAUGUUUUCUCAGUGUGUAACCCAUGGCAGUUUCACUAAGUGGUGGGAGCAGACCUUCUACAAUCUGUUCACCUUCAGCUGCCUUUUCAGUAUCCCACUCAUCAUCAUGCUGUUGUGCAACAUUCAGCUCAUGAUCUGCAUGUCCCAAGCCUUGGACGAGGACACCAACAGGCUGGACUUGAAUCGAUCAAACAACUACAUCCCACAAGCUCGUCUGAAGACAAUGAAGAUGACUGUAGCCUUUGCAACAUCAUUCAUUGUGUGCUGGGCUCCGUACUACAUAAUGGGAAUAUGGUACUGGUUUGAACCAGACAUGCUCAACAGAUUGUCUGACCCAGUCAAUCACUUUAUUUUUCUCUUUGGUUUGUUGAAUCCAUGUCUUGAUCCACUGAUAUAUGGAUAUUUUUCUUUGUAAUAGAGUCAAGCUAAAAUAAUGUACAGCUGAUGAAAUGUAAUUGUAUAAACUUAAGCUUUCUCUGGUAGCAGAACUGCGCUUUUCUGUUCUGACGCAGAGAAAACUAUUAACUACUUUGUGCUUUUCAAGUCUACUGAACAUUUUGGUAUUUUAAUGGUACAUGCUAUUUUGGGCAGGCAUGGCAUGCACCGAUUCUGCAAUAUGGCUUCAUACUAAACACAUUUCUGAUUCUGUUCAUUUUAGAUUUUAAUUCCCAGCUGAAAAACAACUCAAACAAAGUCUAAUCACAACUGGGUUGAACAGUAUAAGCGAUAUUCUGGAUAAUUUUAUUUUUUAUUUUAAAUUGCCAUGCUAACAUGACUGAGGUGCAUGCCACUCCAAAUGCCAUAUAUUCACAAAUAGUUGUUUCAGAUUAUUCCUUUCUACUACUAAUUAACAUUCACAUUUCUGGUGAGAAUAAAGGGCAGUCAACAUACCUCCAACCAGAAGGCUAAUCUCCAUCAUACUCUUCAACAAAACCAGUGACUCCUAUUCUAAGGUUUUAGAAAUGUUAGUCUGUGUCUUGGCUUUAAUACUGUGUAUAUUCAGCUUUGUAUGAGCAUCUGAAUUUCUAUAUUUUGGGCUUAACAUUCUGGAGUUCAAUAUUAUAGUGCAAGCCAUCUCAGCUGAUUUUAUUGAAAUAUUAUUAGGUAAUAUAUUUUAACACUGAUAGGCAAGGUCAUCAAGCCACACACGUUAUUAAUUCCUAUCAACAUGGCUUCCCACUGAAAACCAUGUACCAGCAGUGGUUUUAAAGUGACCUCAGUUUAAACAGUAAUGUUUAAAUUAUAAUAAACCCAGCAUACCGAUGCACUAUUCAGCUAAAUAAUUUACAUACCCUGGGAUUCACUGACACCUUCACUGAGUGUGCACAAAGUGAACACCGUUCUGAGUGAACAGGCAACACAAGCAUAACUCAUACCUUCAUCCUCUUAAUUUUAGUUUGCCUACAAUUUUCUUAAGGCCUUAAAUGUUAAGGGGAUUUAUAAAAGUUACCACAAAGUGCAGACUACAUGUACACUUGCUGUAAUCUUUCUGAGUGACUAGAAAGCACAAACAUAUGGUAGGGAUGCUCCUGUAUACAGAGCAUGUACGCUUAGUGUACACAUAAUGUAGGCAUUAAUGAAUCUGGCCCAUAGAUUAUAACUUAUAAUGCAGUUUUUUAAUAUAUUCUGAUUUUUUUAGACUGUAAACAUUAAACAUAAACAACAUUUACACGAAAAGCAUAGUUUUCAGAAUACAUUGACAUGUCCAUCUCUGUCCUCUAAAAUCAAAUUAGCCUUUCCUCCAUAAUUUAUCAUGCUUGGAGAAAUUACUUGAAUAUUAAGAUUUUAUGACUCCUAAAUUAUAUAUGCUCAUAAUAUUGAAAUAUUGCAAAAA